AUGUCUUCCAUAACAGAAAGUGAUCGCUCCUCUAGUUCUGAUGAAUUGAAUGUACGAAAUAAUCGGCGUAUUCGACUUCUAACAGAUAGUUCUUCAGAAGAAAGCGUAUCUGAAAUAUCUAUUUUUAACAGACAUCGUAGAAGUCGUGGAAAAUAUAACAAUAUAAGCUCAGAUAAAAAAGAUAUUUUAAUAAAGUUUUAUGAAGAAGGAAAAACCAUUACUGAAUCUGCCGAAAUAGCUGGAAUUAAUAAAAACACUGCUACAUCUAUUAUAAAUCGUUACAAAAAGGAUGGAUAUGUUGCCGUAAAAAAACGUGGUGGAAGACGUCACUCAAAAUUAAAUACCGAAAUAUUAAAUAAAAUUGAAGAGAUUAUCGAAAGAAAUUCUUCUAUCACAUUAAAAGGCAUUCGCGAAAAGAUUCUAGAAAUCCAUAAUGUAGAUUUAAGUACAACAAGUAUACAUAAUGCAUUAAAAACUUUACGAAUAACCCUAAAAACUGCAACCAUUAACAUAGACCGCAUAAAUUGUGAUACUACAAUUCAACGACGCAUUCCAUAUGCACUAAAUUUUGCCCAAAAUGCUCCAGAUAUAAGAGAAAAAAUAAUAUUUAUUGAUGAAUCUGGAUUCAAUUACCACCUUCGGAGAAAUAAGGCAAGGUCGAGAGUGAAUACCGCAGCCCAUGUUAUUGUUCCCACCGUUAGAGGACGAAACGUUUCUCUUAUUGCCGCUAUGAAUAUACAUGGUGUUUUACACAAAAAAAUAGUUGCCAAUUCCUCUGUUAAUACUGAUAUUUUUACACAUUUUCUGGAAGAAUUAUUUAACAAUUUAGUCGAAUCCAACAUCACAGGUGCUUGGUUGAUACUAGACAAUGCGCAAAUUCACAAAACACAAAUAGUGAAAGACAAAAUAGCCGAGUUUGGGCAUACUUUAGUUUUUCUUCCACCGUACUCACCCAUGCUAAACCCAAUAGAAAAAGUGUUUUCAAAAACUAAACUUUGUGCUCGAAAUUUGCUAGCCGAUCCAGAUAUUAAUAUGGACCUGGUAGCCAUAAUUAAAAAAUCCGUGGAAUCAGUAACACCAUCUGAUUGCAAUAAUUAUUACGUUGAUAUGACCAUGUCUUUGUCAUUAGCUGCAUCUGGAGAACCGUUGCAAUGA